ACCUACCCGGCCCCCCGGGGACUGGCCGUGGAUGCCGCUGGCCGCCUUCUGGUGACAGACUAUGCACUUGGGGCUGUGCACAGCCUCACACUGAGCCCCGCCUUGGAGCCACUGGCCCCAGCCUCCAUGCCGGGUCUGCAGGGCCCGUGCUGGGUGGGCCCAGGGCCUGACGGGGGCCUCGCUGUGAGUGAGGAGUUUGGGGACGUGUGGCUGUUCGGCAGUGCCUGCCAGCCCCUGGGCUCCCUAGGGGGUCUCACAGGGCACGCUUUUGGGAACCCAGCAGGCGUAUGCACUGAUGUGGAGGGUGGUGUCAUUGUGGCAGAUGAGCAAGGGCGCCGUGUGACCCGAUUUCCUCGGGCCAGGGCGCCCGUCUGCCUGGUGUCCGAGGGGCUGGGGCGGCCCCUGGGUGUGGCCUGUGCCCCUCAGGGCCAGCUCGUGGUGGCAGAUGCAGGAGACAACUGCAUCAAGGUGUACCAGUACCACUCGGAGCCGGCCUGACCCGUGCGCUCGGCUGGGAGCAGCCCCUCAGUGCAUGUGGGCCCAGCCCCCAGGGCCCCAGACCACUGUGGGAGGGACAUUCAGGGUGGUGGGGUCCUCCAGGGUGCCGGCCGUGCCUUUCUGAUGGGACACAUGGGCUGACAUUUACUGAGCACCCGGUGUGCCAGGCCCUGGGCUGGCCCCUGUCUUCCUCUUGGAGAGGAUUUAGACUUGCCGCAAACCUGCCGCCUCCCAGCCUCCCCGACAAGGGGCACAGCCUCCAACGUUGGGUCCUCUCCACACACCAGUUUAGUAGGCACCAAAACUCCCUGCCCCCAUGUCAGCUCAGGCCCUGGUCCUGCUGGCUCAGGGCCUGGGAUGCCUGAGCUUUGACACCAGCAGCUGAAGCCUGGAGAUCGUUGAUGUGUUGGGCUGGGUGCCCCAGCCUCCUAAUCAGACAGAAGCAGGCAGGGAAGACUAGGCUGGGCUGGGCUGGGCUGGGCAGGGGUCUGGCUCCUCACUGUUCCCCAUCCUCAGAGGCACCCCAGACGCCAAGCCUCUUGCAGCUCCUCUGGGCCUAACUGAGGUAAGGGAAAGCAGAGGAGAGUCCACCACUGAGGCACCUUGGGGUGGCACGUGGCUGGGCUGGGAGCCUCCACACCCCCAGCCUCCUGCUCCCGUGUAAGACUAUCUCUCAGGGUGAACCUUCGCUUUCUCCUCUGCAGGCUCUCCAAGCUCAUGGGUGGGGGGUGCUGGGAAGAUUCCAGACUGCAGUCAAGACAGGGGAGCCUUCCUAUGAGGAGAGAUUCCUGUUACUUGAGAACAAUGGGCAAACGAGGCCCCAGAGGGACGGGAGGUGAGGGCUUCCUCUGAGUCUGGGGCCCAGGAGGUCCCCAGUUCCAGUGGGGGGACUCUUUGGGAGGGGACAGUACCUGGUCCAGUCUGUCACCAGGAGAAUGCCUCUGUCUGACAAAGUCCCCUUCAUAUGUUCCAGCCCCUGUGGA